AUGCCAAUCGUCGUGCACAAAAUUUACCUCUUACCACCACCACGAUCUACGACAAUGGGCGAUUCCAGUGAGAGGGCGAAGGAUCGCACGAACCCGCAGAAGAUUGUGAUCUCUUGCACCUUCUGUUCAGUCUACGCAGACGACAAGAAGGCUCUCCGGAAGUGUUCCAAGUGCAAAUCUGCGUUUUAUUGCUCUCGUGAGUGCCAGAAGAAGGAUUGGGCCAGACAUCGGGCUAACUGCACACCUGCUUCGGCGCAACGGGACUACGUUAGUAGACUCUUUCUCAAGAUCCAAAAAGACGAGGGGCUCAUUGCAAAUUUACGAACUGCCAUCGCCUGUACCAUAUUACGAGAAACUCGCGAUCCGAAGCGCAUCUGGAUCGCCGUCGCCAACUUGGUACUCAAGCCCGCCAAUGAUGAACACCUGAAAUCCCUCAUGUCGAGGGAUGUUCCCCUCGAGUCUCUCGCGGAGGUCAAGAUGCCCGGUGUUGCCACGUUUACCAGCGUCAUGGACGUGUCAGACCCCAAGCUCUAUCCCCUCAACGGGCGCUUUCGUGAGUACUGGAGGCAACAUCGUGAAAUGCUUGAAUCAGUGGGGCGUCCCGAAUCUCUCACCGUCCUCGUUCAAUUUGCCUACGAACUAAUAUGCAUCUUCAUCGCGCCGGUCGAGAUCGGUGCGAGCGAUUUCUCUAACGCCGAACGCGAGCUCGGGUCCUCAUUCGUGCCACCAUGGGGUGUAGAUACGAACACCACUAUCCUCCGGCGCAUAAAUAUUCAAUUGGCUGCAGAGCCUGCACACUGCGACCUUAGCCCACUCGAUAAGGAGAUCUAUCGAGAAUGGGCCACAGGACUACCGCCAUGA